CCAACGCGGUCAAAGCUCAGGCGACCGAGUACGUGCAGAAAAAACAGGCCCGCAAGCUGAUGACCCGAUCGGUGACCGGAUCUCUGGCCCAGGCCCAGCAGCUCAUCGACAUCGUCGACGUGAAGUUUUUUUCGACCGCGAAAGCGGGCACGUUUUUCGCGAGGGAUAACGUCAGCAAUUUCAUCCACUGGUGUCGGCAGUCGCUGAAGAUAAUCGAGUGCCUACUUUUCGAAACGGACGACCUAAUUUUACGCAAGAACGAGAAACACGUGAUUUUGUGCCUUUUGGAGGUGGCGAGACGGGGUGCCAGGUUCGGCAUGCUGGCGCCGAUGCUGAUCCAGAUGGAGCGGCAGAUCGAUAGGGAGAUCGCGGCCGAUCAGCGGAAGAUGGGUUUGAGUAUGGACCUGUCGGAGGGUCUCGAAAGUCAGGACGGCGAUUUGGACGACGAGAGCGACAGUGAGAUCGAGGACGAGCAACCCGUGCUGAUGUACGGGCCGUUGCCGCAGAUUGUCACUAACGAUCUGAAGAGCCUGGAUGAAAUGAUUGUAGUAUUAUAA